ACAAAACAAAAACGACGAUAACAUAGUCCAAAAGAGACUGUCACUUGUUAAAAUUUUCGCUAAUUCUUUUGCAAGAAGAAGGCAAUGAUGUACACGACUAAUCGGGAAUAACUCUUUUAAUAUGUUUUAAAAACUCCUUUGCAAUAAAUUUAAUAUAACCAAAGGUUACAAAAAAAAUGAAAGAAGAAGGGAACCUGGCAACAGCACGAAACGAAGCAAUUUAUAGAGUUGAUUUGAACUCCACUUGCCGAAAGAGCAGUAGCAAAGCACUAAUAAUAAAAACCAAAAGUUAAAUAGUACAUAAUAUCAAUAUUGAGCAAAACUGCAGCAUGGACUUCGAAAAAAUCUUCACCGAUUUAGAAUCAAAUCAAACUCAUGAAUGUGAAGAGGCCAAAAGGAAAUUAGUGGAUCUUUUUAAUCAAAAUAAAGAGCAAUGGGUUGUUAAUCUAAUGAUGGACUAUUUUCUAAAAACAGGCUCGCAACGGAUUAGAGAAGUACUAGUUAAAGUUCAACCUCCUCAUGACACUUAUAUCUUCGACAAUUUGUCUGAAUGGCUGAAUAAACAACAACAUCGAGUUCAAGCAUUAAAUUUAUUCUCGUUUGUGGUGCGAAAACACCCUACUUGGUUGUAUAAGGUCGAAAAGCAUCGUUUGAUUAAGGAUGUUAUUAAACUGAUAUCGAGUGAAAGAGAAAUUGAACGGGAUAUUGUUCCAUUAAUGAGUGCCCUAUUAUGCAUAAUUACUUUGUUGCCUAUCAUACCGAGCUUAGUACCUAGUUUUCUUAAAGAUCUCUUUGACGUUUUUGGCCGUUUAGCGUCUUGGAACUGGCAAAAUUUAAUGCGACCGGUCGACUAUAAAUUUGUGCAUUUACAGCUUGGUUUACAAAUGUUAUUUCAUCGUCUCUAUGGCAUGUAUCCUUGUAAUUUUUUAGCGUAUUUGAAUGAGUUCAUCAAAAAGGAAAGAGGAGCAAUUUUUCAUCACACAAUUAAGCCACUACUUGAAACCGUUCGUGUCCAUCCAAUGUUAGUUACAGCAACAAUAGAAAGUGAGAAAAAUCAUUCACGUUGGAAAGAGAUGGAACCACACGAUGUAGUUUCAGAUUGUGCAAAACUUUCGUUGCCUAAUUUAUACCAGGAUACAAAAACUGAGCACAUGUAUCAGCUAUCAUCAACUAGUUUACUUGAUACACCCAGUGGUAUGCACUCGUCUACAAGUAUAAGCAGUGUCAGUAGCAGAUCUAUGUCUGAGUUUAAUCAAUUAAAGGGUACACAAUAUCGUAAAAAUUAUGCUUCUCGAUUUGAUUUUGGUGAACAUAGUAUGGUAGGUGGUAAUAUAUGGAGUCCAUACAACGAAAUAAAUUUGCCUGGAUCUGUACCAUUAACUCCAACACCGUCUUGCAUUAGAACUAACAUACCUACUCCUUCCAAUUUAAACAACAUAAUAGGGGUAACUGGUUCUUCACCUCCAGAAGCAGCUGUGGAGGCCACUCCAGAAACUACUCCUCUCAAAGAUAUUAAAGAACUCAAAAACAAUGCCUUAUCCGCCACAUCAGCUAGUGUUAAUCCAGUUGCUAUUCGUGCCAUCUUUCCUACGAGUCAACCGUCAUCUCCCAUGCGCAAGGAAAAUAAUCAUUUUAAUUUUUCGGAUGAUCAAACUAAUUGCUCAACAAUAAUUGAUCAAGAAUUAACUAGCACAACUUUUCGCAAAGUGACUCACGUUACAAGGCACGAUCGUAGAUUACAGCAAAUAUUACAAGAUCGUACAUUUUCACAGAGUCCUUUUCAAACAAUUGAACAAGCGAGGCAAGGUUUUCGUUCGCCAUUUGAUGACAGCUCCAAAUGUGAUACUCCUGAUAUGGAUUCUGAUUUAUCAUCUCAUUUACAAAAUUAUACUCCAAUUAUGACACCAACGCCUAUACCCACACCUACAGCUAUAGAAGAUACAACUAAAGUUUGUGACGACUGCAACGAAACUGAAGGAUCAUUAUGUUCUGCUGGUGGAUUGCAGAUACCUAACAGCCGAUCAUUAGCUAAAAGUAUCAAACGGCGUAAUCGUAUGGCAAGCUAUUGUUGUAACGAUUAUAGUUACAGUAAAGGAGGUGCAACCAAAAUUUUAUCGAAUGAGACUGAAAUAAUUGAUUUGAAAGUCAGACGCACGAAAUCUUGUUCAUCACUAAACAUAGUCACAAUGAAAGAAAUAGAUGAGGACGAGGCUAAAAUGUUGGCUAUUGCAAAUGCUACCAAAAAAGCUGUAACAACUUCUUACGCUAAUGCCGCUUCCCAAACUAUUAAAAUAAUGCCAUGUGAAUAUGAGGACAUUUUGUAUGAGAUGUUGUUAGAAAACGAAAAGAAACGUAAAGAAUAUGAAAGGAGUCUGAUAAAUCCACGAGAGAUGUUAGAUCAAUAUAUCGUAAAUGUUAUAAGAGCUCAGGGAAAUUUAGAUUCUGUUUGCCGACAAGAUCAGGAACAAUUUCAAUUAUUAUACCUAUUGUUGCAACAUGAACGGAAUCGAUGUGACGUACUUGAUGAACGUAUUCGUCGAUUAAUGGGCCGUAGUCGAGAUAAACGUAGUCUAGAAUCGGAACGUGAUCGUUUGAGAGAGCAGUUAAAAAAAUUUGAAACAAAGAACGCGGAACUUAUACAUCAAAUGGAAAAAACUAGAAAAAGUGCGUUUGAAAAAGAAAAGCGACAUAUAGAAGAGUUAACAGCACUUAAAUCAAACUAUCUGAAUGAACUGGAACAAAAUAAGACUUUGCGACAAGAUAAUGAAAGUUUGCAUACAAGGGUUAAUGAAGAAAUGAAUAGUUGUAGAGAAACGAACUAUGAAUUGGAGUCACUGCGUGGUCAAAUCUUUAAUAUGAAUACUGAAUUGCAACAUUUGCAGGUGCAGGCUGAUAUUGGGCAGCAAUAUAAGCAUGAUUUAGCACAUCUGGAAGCAGAGUUCAUUAUCAUGGGAGAAGUUCAAGUGAAGUGUCGUGAUAGAUUACUUGAAUUGGACAAUUUCAGAGCACGGGAUGAAGAACAGCAUGUAUUGCAAGAUAGCUACAAUAUAGAGCUUAAAAGUGUAAAGCAUAAUUUGGAAGAAAAGUCAUCUCAGCUCGAAAGCGCUAAACACAAAAUCGGAGAUCUACAGACACAACUAACUAACAAUGAGAAGGUUAUAACAGAACAAAAACGGUUGCUGAAAACUGUAAAAGAUGAAUAUGAAGAGAAAUUUAAGGCAUUAAAUAAAAAAUAUGAAGUACAAAAGUUUAUUGUCAUGCAAAUGGAGGAGAAGAUAAUGAUGUCGCAAAUAAAACCACAAGCUCCUGUGGCACUUAACACAUGCUCACCGGAUACAGAUAAGACAGAUGUAGCUUCUUCAAUGGAUCGCAAUUCUCCACUUUCAACAUCACUUGCUUCUAGUGAAAGUCUUUCCGCUAGUCUACGUUCAACAGAGCUACGAAAUUUACAACAAUUAAUUGAAGUCCCAUUACCUGAAGCUAGCAAUAGCAUAAGUAUAAUUGGUGCAAACGCUAACAACACCAUAGAAAAUACACGCUUGGCAACAGUAGAUUCUACGGCUACAAACACUGCCAAUCUGCCUAUUGUACUUGCAAUCAAUCCGGCCGCAAUAGCAGGGCAUAAUCUUGAUAUAUUCACACAACCCCACCCACAUUUACAUUUACAGCAACAGCAACAGCAACAACAACAAGAACAGAACCCACAACUGCAGCAUAAGAGAUAAACAGUAAAGAAAUGCUGUCAGCAUAUAUUGUGGAAAUCGGAUUAAAUAAUUUACAAUUGUUGAAGCUUUUUUUAAAGGUUAAAUUAAUCGAGUUCUUUUAAAAAAAGACCUCAAAUAGCAAAUCAAUAAAAAGAUAUUUAAUUUAAUUACAACU